GCAGCAGAAACCCAAAAGUCAUUCUAGACUGACUCGGAAUAACAAAAAAUUAACUUUGAUUAAGUCAUCUCCAAAAAAUAGCAAAGUGAAAAUCAGAUUUUUAAAUAUAUUUAACAGGCUAAAAGUGUUAUUUGGUGAUAAAAGCGCAAGAUGAGUUCAAUCGGUACUGGGUAUGACUUGUCAGCGUCACAGUUUUCUCCAGAUGGUCGUGUUUUCCAAGUGGAAUAUGCUCAAAAGGCGAUUGAGAAUAGUGGAACUUCAAUCGGUCUGAGAGGAACUGAUGGGGUGGUUUUUGCUGUGGAAAAAUUGGUAACUUCAAAGCUUUAUGAACCAGGAGCAAAUCGACGACUUUUCAAUAUUGACAAGCACAUUGGAAUGGCAAUUGGUGGAUUGUUAGCAGAUGCGCGUCAAAUUGUGGAAAGGGCCCGUCACGAAGCUUCGAACUAUAGAGGAGAAUACAAAGGAGAUGUUCCAUUAAAGCAUUUGGCAGACAAUGUUGCAAUGUACAUGCACGCCCACACUUUGUACAGUGCUGUGCGACCGUUUGGGUGUGGAGUGAUAAUGGGAACCUACGACCAACAAAAUGGGCCGUCCAUGUACAUGAUUGAUCCGUCUGGAGUUUACCAUGGAUACUAUGGGUGUGCUUUAGGGAAAGCCAAGCAGGCUGCGAAAACCGAAAUGGAAAAGAUCAACUUCAAGGAUAUGCCUUGUAGCCAAUUGAUUAAAGAAGCUGCUAAAAUCAUUUAUGUCGUCCAUGACGAAGUCAAGGAUAAAGCGUUUGAAUUGGAACUCAGUUGGGUUGGGAAAGACACAAAUGGGAGACAUGAACGAGUUCCAGACUCAAUAUUUAAGGAGGCUGAAGCUUUCGCCAAAACGGCAUUAGAAGAAGACUCGGAUUCAGAUAUUGACGAGUCUUAAAUUAUUUACUAUUUCUUCUAUAAACAUUUUUACACUUUUAUCAGCCUAAGGUGUUGCUUUGAUCCAAAAUUUUGUAACGAGUAUGAGUAAUCAAAUGUAAAUCAUCAAAUAAAUAAUUUGAUACUGGUUAUAAUAUCAAC